AUGGGCGGUGUUCUAUGCUGUUUGUCCUCGCCCAUCGACUUCGACGGCGAAGUCGAUCUCUACCACUUUGAUCUCCUCCGAGCGGUGGGCAAAGGCGCCUUUGGCAAAGUCCGCAUUGUAGAGCACAAGUGCACGAAGAAGGUAUAUGCCCUCAAGUACAUCGAGAAGGCAAAAUGCAUUAAGCAGAAGGCCGUCGCUAAUAUCAUCCAGGAGCGUCGGCUCCUCGAAGAGAUCGACCACCCCUUUGUCGUCAACCUCCGCUAUGCCUUCCAGGACGACGAAAACUGUUUCUUUGUCUUGGACUUGAUGCUCGGGGGCGAUUUGCGUUUCCAUCUGGACCGGUUGGGUCGAAUACAAGAGAAGGUGGUGCGGUUCUGGGCAGCUGAGCUCUCGUCCGCGCUGUCAUACCUCCACAAACAGAGGAUCGUACAUCGCGAUCUCAAGCCGGAUAAUAUCUUAUUGGACUCGGCUGGACAUGUCCAUAUAACCGACUUUAAUGUCGCCAUCCACUACUCGGAGCGGCGGCUACAUACCAGCGUUGCAGGCAGCAUGGCAUACAUGGCUCCAGAAAUCAUUGGGCACAAAGGCUACACUUGGCACGUCGAUUGGUGGAGUUUGGGCAUCGUUGUAUGGGAGCUUCUUUUUGGUCGGCGGCCGUUUGAUGGCCGCACGUCGGAGAAAAUGAAGCAGUCUAUUGUCAAAGAUCCGUUGAAGUUUUCUUCUCGGGCUGACAGCCUCUGCACCGCACAUGGCCAAGAUUUUGUUCGCAAGUUGUUGGACCGCAAUCCCAGAACCAGAAUGGCGUGUCGAGGGAGGACACACGGUAUUCAGGACGUGCACGAGCACCCAUGGUUUUCCGAAAUGGACUGGGAUGAGCUGGAGAGCAAAAACUUGCAGCCCCCGUUUGUUCCCGAUAUCAGCAAAGCAAAUUUUGAUGUCUCGCACGAAUUGGACGAGUUCUUGAUGGUCGAGAAGCCAUUGACCCACACGAAGCGCAAAGCACGCGUCGACCUCGAGAAAAUGAAGCCGGAUCUGCGCCAGCUCGUAGAACAGUUUACUGUCUACGACUUCACAAAGACUAAGCGGAUGUCGUAUUACCCGCAUAACCAACCUGUCGUCUCAGCUGGACACGACGAUGAAGGCGGCGACGCUGAACCUGCGGAAGCUAGCCAGUCGGCGACGGCUACCAUUCUCCCUACAGCGACGAUCGUUGAACGCUCACAGGCCGGCUCGCCAGACCCAGGAGAUUGCUCUGGGCGGGAAACUCCGGCCAUGCCUCCCUUGCCCGCAGAAUCACCCAUAUAA